AUGUCCGCAGCAUCAGACGUCAUACUCACCCACCCCACGCCCGAAGAACGCAUCCGCGUCUGGAAGGCCACCCAGCCACUCUGGGGUCCGGCCAUGACGGUAGACGCCUACCUGGCCCGGGAGCAGUCGCAGCUCGACAUACCGCUGGCACGGGACGGUGGUCUGUCGCAGUGGAUCCUGACGGAGGCGGGAUCGUCGGCCGGCGACGACAGGCCCAUCCUCUCGUCGUGCGAGACGCUGAGGAAGCGCGUCCUCGUCCGGAGCCCCGACGGCCUCGUCAGGGAGGCCACGUCGUACGGCGUCGCCAGCGUCUUCACCCCGGAGGACCAGCGCCGUCGGGGCUACGCGCGCGCCAUGAUGGCCAGGCUGGCGGGGGUCAUGCGCGGCAGGAACGCCCGGGAGCCCGACUCGGCCCUCCUGUCCGUCCUCUUCUCCGACAUUGGGAAGCGCUUCUACGCCCUGAACGGUUGGCAGCCCUACAGGAGCACACAUCUCGAGUUCCGAAACCCUGCCGCCGCCGCCGUCACCGCGACGGGGGAUGACAAGGUAUCCCUCCUCGGCUUCGACCACCUUCCCCCCAUCGUCGAGGCGGGCGAGAAGCUGGUGCGCGAGGAGAUCGCCAAGCCCCCCCUCCGCGCCGGCCAGACCACCCGCGUCGCCAUCAUCCCCGAUCUCGAUCACAUCCACUGGUGGCUGGCGCGCGAGGCCCUCGUCGUCGAGAAGCUCUUCGGUUCCAGCCGCCCCGACGUCCACGGCGCCGUCUACGCCGCCUCGCCCGACGCGCCGCGCGUCUGGGCCAUCUGGUCCCGCACCUUUCACUCCCUCCAUCAGGAGGACGAGAAUAUCCUGUACAUCCUCAACCUCGGUAUCGAAGACCCUGCCAUAUCCACCGACGACCUGACCGCCGCCCUCGAUGCCAUCUUCGCCACCGCAAAGGACCAGGCCAGCAAAUGGUCCUGUGGCUCCGUCCAGCUGUGGAACCCGAACGAUAGGGUGCGCUCCAUCGCAGAGCGGCUCGGCGCCAUCUACGUCAUCCGCGACUCCAAAAGCAUCCUGGCCCUCAACUGGUUCGGCGACGGCGACGUUCCCCCCGAGGCCAUCGAUUGGGUUUCCCCGGAAAAGUACGCCUGGUGCUGA